AUGUCCUCAAGCCUGGGAUUGUCAGUAAAUGUUUCAGUCACUGUUUUUCAGUUACCCUUCUCCUUAUUGGCUCUGGCUCUCUCUCUGACCCUCCCCCUGCUGCCUCCAGCCACGCCCCACUCCCCAUCCAUGAACCAGUCAGGGCCUGUGUACCUGGGCUCCAGGUUUGUGCAGGAGGCCCUACAGAGAGCUAUUGAGCUGACCGACGCUGCGUACGCACACACAGGCGAGAGGGUGAAGAUGUCCUUAUCAGAGGGCUCAAUUAGACCCAGUGACCUGCUGGCCCAGUUCAAGCAGACGGGGCCCAGAACCAAGGCACACAUCUGGGCUGCGGAGGUCCUGGACAACACCGUGGAGCUCAUCCGCGAGAUGGUUUACACUAACACUAUGACCCAGCCCAACCUAACUGAGAUGCUGGGUUUGGAAGACGUGGAGACGCUGCUGCAGGCUACUGGCUGUUCCGCCGAGCUCCGGCCUCCUGUCUGUGAGACAGGCUGUCUGUCCGAACGCUACCGCACGAUCACAGGGGAGUGCAACAACAGACAGAACCCCCUAUGGGGUGCAGCUAACACCCCCUACACCCGAUGGCUUCCCCCGGAGUAUGAGGAUGGUCGAGCUGCACCCCGGGGCUGGGACCCCCAGCACAUGUAUUACAACUUUACUCUUCCCCCAGUGCGCUCGGUGUCUCAGGUAGUGCUGUACACCCAGAACGAGGACAUCUCCAUGGACGCCUCGCUGUCCCACCUGCUGGUGGAGUGGGGUCAGUGGCUGGACCACGACCUCACCCUGACCCCACAGAGCCCCAGCACCUCCGCCUUCCGCACGGGGGCCGACUGUGCUCGCACCUGCAGCCGAGACGCGCCCUGCUUCCCCAUACAGAUCCCCCUGGCGGACCCUCGCUCUGGCUCCCAGGCCUGCAUGCCCUUCUUCCGCUCGGCCCCCAGCUGCGUCGCCACGGCGACCCCCCGCCCCCCUCCACCUCGCAGGGAGCAGCUGAACGCCAUCACGUCCUUCGUGGAUGGCAGCAUGGUGUACGGCAGCUCGGCCUCGCUCUCCUCCGCCCUGCGUGACCUCUCCUCCCCGCUCGGCCUGCUGGCCCUCAACCAGCUGCACUCGGACCAGGGGCUCGCCUACAUGCCCUACCUGCCCCGCCCGCCCCUCCACCCGGACCCCUGCGGCCCCUGCCGGGGGCAGAACUGCACGGAGACGGAGACCCCCGUGGAGCUGGCCAACCUCACCUCCUGCUUCCAAGCAGGGGAUUCGCGGGCGAACGAGCACUUGGGAAUGAUCGCUCUGCACACGCUGUUCCUUCGCGAGCACAACCGGCUAGCGCUCCAGCUGCACUUGGUCAACCCCCACUGGGGCCCCGAGACCCUGUACCAGGAGGCCCGCAAAAUCGUGGGGGCCAUGCAUCAGGUGCUGACGUGGGACCACUACCUGCCGCGGGUCCUGGGGGAGAGCGGGCUCCACUCCCUCCUCCCCCCCUACCGGGGCUACAGCGCCGAGAUGGACCCCAGCAUCACCAACGCCUUCUCCACCGCCGUCUUCCGCUUCGCCCACGUCACCGUGCAGCCCCAGGUGGCCCGCCUUGGCCCCGGCUACGUCCCCAGCCCCGAGCACCCGCCCCUGCCCCUCCACCGCUCCCUCUUCGCCUCCUGGAGGGUGGUGCAGCAGGGUGGUAUAGACCCAGUGCUGAGAGGGCUGCUGUUCUCCCCGGCGAAGCUGCAGAGUCCGGGGCAGAUGAUGGUGGAGGAGUUGACAGAGAGGCUGUUCCAGGCCCAGGGAGGGCUGCCACUGGACUUGGGGGCGCUCAACCUGCAGCGGGGCAGAGACCACGGCCUGCCUGGUUACAGUGCGUGGCGUCGGCUGUGCAAUCUCUCGGUCCCAGUGACCGAACUGGAUCUGGCCCAUGUGCUGGGGAACCACAGCCUGGCCCAUAAACUCCUGGGUCUGUACGGGACUCCACACAAUAUCGACCUGUGGGUGGGGGCCAUUUCGGAGCCCCCUCUCCCGGGGGGGCGGGUGGGGCCACUGCUGGCCUGCCUGAUGGCCAAACAGUUCCGAAACCUGAGAGACGGAGACAGGUUCUGGUGGGAGAGGGAAGGGGUGUUCAGCCAAGCUCAAAAGGCCCAGCUCCACAGGGUCUCCCUAUCCCGAAUCAUCUGCGACAACACCCGCAUCGCCCACGUGCCCCCUGACCCCUUCGCCCGAACCGCGCACCCGGCCGACAUGCUGCCCUGCACCCACCCCCGCAUCCCACACCUGGACCUGAGCGCCUGGAGGGAGCGGGACACAGAUCCAAUCUGUGGUGCCAUUCCCAGACUAAAGUUUGGUUUUUCUUUGCUCUGUGACUCCGCCCUGCUGUACCGUUGCCAUGACGGCUACCUCCUAAACGGCCCCUCCUCCAUCAGAUGCGACCACAGCAGCAGCCAGUGGAGUCCGGCUCCGCCCUCCUGUCAAGAUAUAAAUGAAUGUGCUGGUCAGCCUUCGCCUUGCCCACAAAACCUGGAGUGUGUCAACACGCCUGGUUCCUUCACCUGCAAAGGUAAGAGCUUACUUUCCCCUUUCUCUGUCAGUUCAGUGGUGUCUGCAGUUGUGGCAGUCAUUGGUGGUGUUGCCAUGGUAGUGCUGGUGAUCGUAUGCUACCGAAGGCAAAAGCAUAUGAUUGGUCGGUGUUGCCAGAGAAAAGGCCAGUGGAAUGGCAGGGACCACGCCCUUAAGGAGGGAACAUCACAGUGACCUGAAGUGACCUACUUGAACAGAACAUUGCAUUAGAGACAGCACCAACAUACACUUACUGAGCACUCUAUUAGGAACACCUGUACACCUACGUAUUCAGGCGAUUAUCUAAUCAGCCAAUCCUGUGACAGCAGUGCAAUACAUAAAAUCAUGCAGAUACAGGUUAGGAGCUUCAGUUAAUGUUCACAAUAUCCAUCAGAAUGGGUAAAAAAAUUUUGAUCUCAGUGAUUUUGAUUGUGGUGUGACUGAUGGUGCCAGAUGGGCUGGCUUGAUAACCAUGCUGGUCUAAAAAAAUAAGUGUAACGAAUACCUAAUAAAUUGCUCAGUGAGUGUAUACUCAAUUCCACCUCAAGCAUCUUCUCAGUGGUAUACCUUCCAGGCAGGCAUAAUUGGCUCGUUGCUCCGGGGGGGGACUUGGCAGGGUUAGUGGGAUUGCCGCACACAGCACCUCGGAGUGCCUCGGAGUAACGGUCUAAUUCAGAUGAGACGGCUUGGAGAAGGCGCGUCGCUCUCAGGGUCACAAGAUCCUACUGGGCCGCUGAGGGACGGGGUCGUAAGGCGGUGUAUCUCCAGCUAGCACUAAUUGGAUUAGAUUGGCUACCAAAUUGGGGGAAAAAGUGGAAAAUUGGGGAAAAAAAAGAAAUGACCACACCACGUCAGCUCCGACUCCCGACUCGGACUCCCGAUUCCGACUCCCAACUACGACUCCCGACUCCUACUCCUCACUCCCGACUCCCGUUGACCAAAGCUUCAUAUAAUUAUUUUGGAGGGAUAAGCAGCUGAACAAAGAGAUUAUCCCCUUCCUUCUUGCAGCAUAUUGUCAGAUCGUGCAGCCGAUGCAGGAUUUGAUGUUUAUCUUGUAUUUUAGCUUAAUGUAUUGCUUGUAUUUAAGCUGAUGUAUCGCCAGUAUUGGGUUGGGUUUGUGUUAUUUCACUAAAUCCUU